UACUAUGUUAUUGUUAUUCUUACAUGUCUCUUUAAUUUUCCUUAUACAGUAUGCAUUUUUUUUCAGUCUCUUGCCAGAAUACAUUCCUAGGUACAGGUAGUUCCCUUUCCCAGCUCUUUCAUCAUGUUGCCAAAAACCACAACGCACUUAAGAAAAUGAAUCUCAUAGUGAAAUGUCAUCUCUGCACCUUUAAAUCUUCUCCAUAAGAAAUAAAGAAAAGGUUGAUUAGUUUUCCUUUAAAUCUUCUCCAUAAGAAAAUGAAGAAAAGGUUAAUUAGUUUUAUUUUUACUUCAAAUUUUCUAUUAAUCAUUUUUAUAUGAAUAUUUUUGGGUUGUGGAACGAAUCAUUGAACACAUAGGGGAGGAGGGUGUGGCACAUGUGUUAUCUUUCUUACACACACACACACACGCGCGCGUGCGCGGAUGUUUACUUAGACUGCAAAUUUUAACCUGCACUUAAGACUGCAAACUAAAUUUGCGAGAGAAAUCUUGGAAGCCAUUCUGUCAAAGGUUUCUACUUUCUUGGACUGUGAACUCGGUUUUGUUGAGGAUUUCCUGAAGUUAGGAUUAUUCACCAUCAGGACAGAUUUACAGGACAGACAUUUUCUAUCAUCAUGCUCCCGGACUGAUUCAUUGAAACCGGAGUGUAAUCCACUGAGAUCAGACACUUCAGGAUCUCAACUGCUAGUUUGUAUAUACUUUACUAAUAUUCAAAGAUGGAGACCCCUGAUCUGGACACUGAUAAUGUGUCCCCACCCUCUAAUAAUGGUAAACUCCAGGGAGAGAGAUCAGAAUCAGCAGCACCCAGCUGUGUCUCCAUGAAGAGUGAUGGGUCUAUGUAUCAACCUAUUGAUUUUAAAGCUGGAGUCUUCUCACCUCUACACAGUGAUCUACAGAAGGCAGGAGACAAAACAGGAAAGAACAUCAUCAAAGAUACAGGGCACGACCCAGAAUCUGCUGCUGUAAAUGAAUUCCAGAAAAAGUUCAAAUUAAAUCUGAUGAAGAAGUUUCAGUUCUUGAAUGGAGUGAUGAUAAACCUGGGAACACAAACACUGCUGAAUGAAAUUUACACAAAGCUCUACAUCACAGAGGGAGACAGUGGAGACGUCAAUAAAGAACAGGAGGUGAGACAGAUCGAAGCAGCGUCCAGGGGAACAACAACAGAGGAAACAUUAAUCAAAUGCAAUGACAUUUUUAAGCCCUUAUCUGAACAAGACGAACACAUCAGAUCUGUGCUGACGAAGGGAGUCACUGGCAUCGGAAAAACUGUCUCUGUGCAGAAGUUCAUUGUGGACUGGGCUGAAGGGAAAGCAAAUCAGGACGUCCACCUCAUAUUUCCACUUCCUUUCAGAGAGCUGAAUUUGAUGGAGGACCAGAAACUGAGUCUGAUGGAGCUCCUUCAUAUCUUUUUUAAAGAAACCGUAAUGUCCAUUUGGGAAAAAGUUCUGUUUAUUUUUGAUGGAUUGGACGAGUGUCGUUUUCCUCUAGAUUUCCAGAACACAGUAAGAGUGUGUGAUGUAACUGAAUCUGCAUCAGUGCCUGUGCUGCUGAUAAACCUGAUCAAAGGGAAUCUGCUUCCCUCUGCUCUCAUCUGGAUCACCUCCCGACCUGCAGCAGCUGAUCAAAUCCCCUCUGAGUGUGUCCAUCGAGUCACAGAGGUACGAGGGUUCAAUGACCCACAGAAGGAGGAGUACUUCAGGAAGAGGAUCAGUGAUCAGAGCCUGGCCAAUAACAUCAUCACACACCUGAAGUCAUUAAGAAGCCUCUACAUCAUGUGCCACAUCCCAGUCUUCUGCUGGAUUUCAGCUACUGUUCUAGAGAGAAUGUUGUGUGAAGCAGAGAGAGAAGAGAUCCCCAAGACUCUGACUCAAAUGUACACACACUUCCUCAUCAUUCAGAUAAACAUCAUAAGAGAAAAAUACUCAAAGAAGCAGCAGAGUGAUGAAGAAAUGCUUCUUAAACUGGGAAAACUGGCUUUUGAGCAUCUGGAGAAAGGGAACCUGAUCUUUUAUGAGGAAGACCUGAGAGAGUAUGGCAUUGAUGUGAGAGAAGCAGCAGUGUACUCAGGUGUGUGUACACAGAUCUUCAGAGAGGAGUUUGGGCUUCACCAGAGUAAAGUGUACUGCUUUGUUCAUCUGAGCAUUCAGGAACACCUCGCAGCUCUGUAUGUGCACCUGAUGUUCAGGAUAGACAAUAAAAAUGUUCUUAAAAAAAGUCGAGCUUCAAAACAGAAAAAGGAAGAAAUUACAGUUUUAGAUUUUCACAAGUGUGCUGUGGAUGAAGCUUUAAAAAGUCAGACUGGACAUCUGGAUCUUUUCCUUCGCUUUCUUCUGGGUCUCUCACUGGAGUCCAAUCAGAAACUCUUACAGGUCUUAGUAACACAGACAGGAAGUAGCUCCCAGAGCACAAAGGAAACAGUUCAGUACAUUACGCAGAAGAUCAGUUGGGAGCGUUCUACAGAGAAAUCCAUCAAUCUGUUCCACUGUCUGAAUGAACUGGGUGAUAAUUCUCUAGAGGAGGAAAUCCAACGCUACCUGAAAUCUGGAAAACAAAGUGAACUCUCUUUAUCACAGUUGUCUGCUCUGGUGUUUGUGUUACUGACAUCAGCACAGGAGCUGGAGGAAUUUGACCUGAUUAAAUAUAUCAGUCCAGAUAAGAUAACAGAUGAUGUUCUUCUGAAGCUGAUGCCUGUGAUUGAAGCAUCCAGGAAAGCAACUAUCAGGUGUGAUAAGGUUGGAGUAAAAAGUUGUUCAGCUCUGGUCUCAGCACUCAACUCAGAAACCUCCAAUCUGAGAGAACUGCGUCUGACUGUGAAAACACUGGAUCUGUCCAACAGUAGACUAGGAGACUCAGGAGUGAAGUGGCUCUGUGCUGUACUGGAGAAUCCUCACAGUAAAGUGGAGACACUGAGGUAAGAUCAUCUCUCUGAGAGUCACAUGACCUGCUCCUCAGUAAGACACAUUCUCUAAUAGUGAGACUGAAGCAGAAGUUUUAGGUUGAUCAUCAAUGUCCUGAGGAGGAAGAUUGUUUCUUUUCACUGCACACUGAUGAUUUGUCACAGAGUCUUUGGGUCAGAUGUACGUAUGUGAGAAGCUGCAGAGCAAAACAUGACUUGAUGUGACUGCAGUGUGUCUGAAAUGACUGUGAAAUUUACUAAAACACUGUAACUAAUCACACAAACUGCACCUGGGACACAAACU